GGAACUUGCAUGCGCAGCCGUCCAAUAUUGUGGCGUGGCGUAUUUACAACAAAUAUCACAGCCUGUAUUUUAACUUCUUCCUAAUCUCUCCCAGCCGCCUGGGAGGCAUAUCAAAUGAUUCUCAGUGGGAUUAAGCAGUCCUUAACCAUGGUUGAUCGAAGACGAAAUGGUACCGACUACAUCUGGGACGUACUCUUAAUCCUAGGUACUGCCGGAGCAGCCUGGUUUUUAACCAGAAAUGUCAUAUCAACCCUCCAAGGAACCCUCGCCGACCCAGAUAAAGAGAAACGCGAACAAGCACGAAUUAAAGCGAAAGCGAACCUCCAGAGGCUACGGAAGGCGAAAAGUCUCGAAGACGGCAAUGAGGACGACUUGAGUAGUAGUACAGGGAGAGGUCCCCGAGUCGAAGAGUUGGUCCUUAACGAAUAUGAGAACCUAGUUGCGUUGGAAGUUGUUGCUCCCGAAGAUAUACCUGUUGGGUUUGAUGACAUCGGUGGGUUGGAAGAUAUUAUAGAAGAAGUGAAGGAAUCCGUCAUAUAUCCGUUAACGAUGCCGCAUCUCUACUCCCACGCAGCUCCCUUGUUAUCCGCGCCGUCGGGCGUGUUACUCUACGGACCCCCUGGAUGUGGAAAAACCAUGUUAGCGAAAGCCGUCGCACACGAGAGCGGUGCAUCCUUCAUCAACCUUCACAUCUCGACCUUGACCGAAAAGUGGUACGGAGACUCUAAUAAGCUUGUACGAGCAGUGUUCUCUUUAGCCCGAAAAUUACAGCCCGCUAUCAUCUUUAUAGAUGAGAUCGAUGCAGUGUUGGGGACCAGAAGAAGCGGUGAACAUGAAGCUAGUGGCAUGGUCAAAGCAGAAUUCAUGACGUUGUGGGAUGGCUUAACUUCAGCGAAUACUCAAGGGCUCCCUGCUAGAAUCGUCGUCCUCGGAGCUACGAAUCGUAUUCAUGACAUCGACGAAGCAAUCCUACGCAGAAUGCCCAAGAAAUUCCCCGUAUCAUUACCGGAUAAGAACCAGCGAUUACGAAUACUUCAAUUGGUGUUGAAGGAUACUAAGACCGACCCUAACAAUUUCAACGUGGAAUAUAUUGCCAGGGUGACCGCAGGGAUGUCCGGUAGCGAUAUCAAGGAAGCUUGCCGUGAUGCCGCCAUGGCACCAGUUCGGGAGUUUAUUCGAGAGCACCGCGCAAAUGGAAGUUCCAUGUCUUCCAUUGACCCAUCAAAGGUGCGAGGAAUUCGCACGGAAGAUUUCUUUGGGCGAAAAGGUGCCGGUCAAAUGUUGAUGAAAAACCCUCCCUCCUCGCGAGCGAAGUCAUCUAGUGACGAGUACGAAGACGUUGAGGAUGAUGCUGUUACGGUUGAAACAUCAACGACAGGUGCGAAGACUACAGAGGCUACAGAGCCCACGGAGGCUUCUGCUUAAGUUUGCAUUGAAACGAAUAUUAUAUGAGCAAUCAAGAGGGACUAGGACAAGGGCGUUUACUUACGGAUAUCUUGAAGGGUUAAAUUAUCGCUACUCGGGUCUUGCAUUGGCACUAGACAGUGGUUUAAGAGACAUUACUUUGUACAAUGAUAUACCCCUUAUUGCAAACUCAGAGAUGGAGAACAUUUGAUGUUCUGAUAAUAUCCAUUUUAUCUACAUGUAUGCAAUAACGGCUUUGAAACUGUACACUGAUAAAUACCUAAGUUUCUGGUCUAUUUUAGCAACUUUAUGUACUUAUAGUACCUGACUAUUACGACGAAGAGGCUUCAUAUAGGAAAGUACUAACGCCUUUCUGACGUUGAAGGGGC